GUUAUCCUCAUCUAUCAGUCCUACUGAAAGAGGUUUCAUUUUCUUUAACUCCUCUUUUUCUUGGGUGUCUUCUUCCUAGUCCCUGGAUAUACUCAUUUUGCUACAAGCAUCGAUAUGGCACUGACUCUCGGUCCCUCACUUGACGUGAGGGUAGAAACCAGUGAGCAAUUAAGCUCUCAACUGGCAAAGAGCCAACGAGAAUCAAAAGAACUGAAGGAGAAGCUUCUUAGAGCUGAGGCUAAGGCCUACCUCCUGGCAAAGCACCUGCAGGACCACAAUUGUGAAGAGUAUGAAGAUCUAAUUGAAUCAAUGCUGAGGGAGAAGCCACAGUUCCUGGAGGGGCAGCUGGCAGAGGAGCUGCUACCUGCAGAGAAUCUCAAGAAAUGUGGUGUUCAAAUUCAAGAGCAGGCCCAAGAGCUGACCCAAUUACAGCAGAAGUUACAGGAAGGGAGAGCUCUUUCUCAGCUCAUUCAUCAAAAUCUCCAGGCCCUCCUCACCCUGCAGGACCCUGACAGCUGCCAGAGCCGGCAACUACUCACUGAGCUGCUCAAGCUGACAGAGCACCUUGUUGCCAAACUCAGCACAGUCAACCAGACAUCUGGGAACCAGGAGGAGCCUUAUGUGGACUCUCCCCAUACCAGCAGGCCAAGUCUCAGGCUGGCCCAGCUGGAGCUUCUCAAUGGCCUGCCUAAACCCAGAGUGGGACCCUGGUGGCCCUGUCCUAUGGACAACAUUGUGGAGGUGGCUUACGAUGAGAUCUGUGCCAGUGUCUGGAACCUCCAGCAAGAAGAAUGCUUCUUCAGGGAAGCCGGCCUUGGCAUCGGCCCGACGGCUCUGGAUCGGGAGCGGCCUUCCCUAGGUCCUGCCCUGCCCAGCGGGCCCGAACUCGAGCUGCCCCGGCUGGGACAGUUCCCUGUCCCAUGUGCAGCCAUCGCGGGACCCCGUUGGCCGUGUCCUGCGGCCGGGCACGUGGCCGUGGCGUACCUCCAGGUCUGUGACAGCGCCUGGGGCCUCCGGCGGGAGGAAUGCCACAUCUUCCAGACCAUAGACAUGUUCGUGUACCAGAUGUAUGAAGAGAAGGUAGCAGGUUAUCUUGGUCCUAACAAACCCAAGGUCUGUCUGAAGCUGCCCAAACCAGAACAGCCUGAGUUCCUGCUCAGCCCAGUGGCGUGUCCAUAUCCAUCUUUAACCAUGCCAUCACUUGUGGAUUGCACCUGCCGCACUGCUGGCAGUGACUGGGGUCGUGUGCAGGUGCCACACUUCUGCCUGUUUGUUUCUGCUAGUGGCACAUUGAAGGCUUGUCCUCAGAAACACUUGAAUGGAAUACUAGGUUGUCACCUGUCGAAGGUGCCAGUCUCACAUGCAGAGUUGUGGGUGAGACUACAGGGAUACACCUGUCUUCAAGUCCCAGUGGAUCCGCAAUUAGCCUCUGGUAGCAAUGAGGCCAGGCAUAGUGAUUCCUCCAGCACCUGCAGCUUUGCAGAAAACAUCGAUUCAAGAAACCAGUUGUUGUUCCACAAAGACUGUGCUAUUAUUAAGCACCAUAAUUUCCAGAGUGACUGGCUAAGAAUAGCUCAGUAUCCUCUUUAG